UCCGAAAAUGUCAGACUUGUGACAAAUAAUACAUUGCGAAAAAGCGAGUGAAAAUAUUUUUAAAAGUUUUUUUAAUAGAUUUUAAUUUACAAAAUGUCUGUCUUCGACGGUGAAAUAGAAUAUCGGUCCGUGUAUAUGGUGGAUUAUCACAAAAAGAUCAAACCUAAAAGCCCUCGUCGCAUGGCAGUGGAUGAUGACUGUCUGAUCGUGGGCCUCAGCCGGGACACGCUCAAGGCUGUGGACGAACCGCGCAAAUAUCCUGACGUGCUUUGUCCUAUGACUCAUGAAUACUACAAGGGAGCUGUUGAAAGGUUCAAAGAGGAUUAUCCUAAAAUCACCAAGAAGUACAUGUCGACGGACAUCGACCCGACGCCGAUUGAAAAUGAAAUAAAGGACCUGAAGAGGACUGAAUAUUUGACUAAGUAUUGUUCUAGAGAUCUCCCCUUCAUGUCUGUCAACCUAACCCGCCGAGCGCGCGCCCUCCAGACCUUGCGUCUGCCUGAUGACAUCCCGAUACCGGACACCAGCCAACGAGGGUCCUACCGCUGUCCAAGACCGGAGAAAUACGCGGAGCCCCCGUCUGCUAUGUCCAUGAAGCCGAAGUUUGAUGAUUCUUUGCAAAAGGAACUCCGUCGCAUAUUACGCGUGAGCACGGGAGACACGACGUACGGCGCCGACCACGGCUUGCUGGCCAAAGUCGUGCUGGAGAAGAAUCCCUUCGGCAAACCCCGCAAGGAGCCGAGAUACGGACGCUGGAAGAACCCUUAUAUGUACACUUAUAGAAUAUAAUGAGGGGCUUCAAUAAAAUUGAUUGUUUGUGU